AUGCUGCCACCCUGCGGCCAUGGCUGGGAGAUGAUGGACGCCAAGAGGAGGCAGCAGGAGCUCCUGAUGCAGCUCCGAGCGCUUGUCCUCCCAAUGUUCCACGGUGUCAUCGAUGGUACCUCGGUCAAUGGUACCUCGGCCGCCGAGAUCGCUGUCCAGCUCUUUGACGACGUGAUCGGCUGCAACAUAGGCGUGGUGUCUACACUUGAAUGGUGCCUCAUGAGUACCGGAGCCGGAGGCGGAUCAUCGGUAGGGCCCGUAGACAACAAGUUGAUGGUGAGGAAGAAUAGCUGCCGUGUUACUAAUAAUGGUGAGAAAACGGAGGAGCAGCAAGCAAGGCAUAGAAGCGUGGUUGGUCAAAAGAGAAGGAGGAACGACAAGCGAUCAAGAUCCCUUGUUACACAUGUUCCACAUUACGAUGGCCAUCAAUGGAGAAAAUAUGGGCAGAAGAACAUCAAUGGGAGGCGACAUCCUAGGUAA